UCUUAUUGGCAGCCACAUGCUAUGCUUCAUCUAAGUCCGUGGUUUCGUGAAGAUUAGCGUGUUUCGUCUAUAUAUCCGCCAAACCUAUUAAACACAACUUUGUUAGGAUUACGUAAUGUGUCAUCAAUCAGUCAGGUGUGCUGGGAUUACGUCAUGACAUCUGACAUCCAUACUGGAAUAACAGAAUGCAUAAGGAACGUGGCGGAAGAAGCAAGGGAGCUGUACCUGGAUAAAGAGGUGCCCGUCCUCAGCGUUCCCGUGUCCCCGCUGACCUUUUACAGGGAAUAUGUGGCCCCUAAUAAACCAUUAAUUGUGGAAGGAGCCAUCCAACACUGGCCGGCUCUACAUCUCUGGGAAGAGUCUUAUUUCAGACAGAAGAUCGGCGAUGUUGAGGUAUCUGUGACGGUCACUCCUAACGGGUACGCUGACGCCGUAACGGACGGCAAAUUUGUGAUGCCUGAUGAAAGAAAAAUGUCGAUGUCUAAUUUCCUGGACGAGUUGGACAGACCGGACGAUCACAGAGUGUUCUACAUACAGAAACAGAACUCGAACCUGACGGACGAGUUCUCCAAUAUCAUCAGUGAUGUAGACACUCAAAUUGACUGGGGCACCGAGGCAUUCGGACAAGCUCCAGAUGCUGUUAAUUUCUGGAUGGGUGACGGCAGAGCGGUAACCUCCAUGCACAGAGAUCAUUACGAAAACCUCUAUUGUGUGGUGAAGGGAUGGAAGAAAUUUAUACUUAUACCUCCCACCGAUCUCGCUUAUGUCCCGUACGAAUUAUAUCAAAGUGCUUGUUACCGAGAGAAAGAAGAGGGUGGAUUUGAAAUCGUUGAUGAUGAAGAAACAGGCAAGGUGCCAUGGGUGGCGAUUGAUCCCCUGUGUCCAGACCUUGACCGCUACCCCCAGUAUCGGCACACACGACCUCUGGAGGUGACCGUUCAUGCUGGUCAGAUGCUGUAUCUUCCAUCACUCUGGUUUCACCACGUCAGCCAAUCACACGGCUGUAUUGCAGUUAAUUUCUGGUACGACAUGCAGUUUGAUAUCAAGUAUAACUACUACAAGUUCCUGGAGAGUGUAGCCGAUACUGUUUCUACAAACAAAUCCUGAAUAUCCUUGUGAGCAUAGCCAACACCGAGUUUUAAAAAACCACUGACCCUGCAAGUUCCCAUGGUGCAGCCAAUGGCGUGACUACAACGAACACGUGACCAUGCAUGUUCCCAGAGUGCAGCCAAUGGCGUGACUACUACGAACACGUGACCCUGCAAGUUCUAAGAAAGAGUAGCCAAUACAGCGUCACGUGCAAUAAAACAAUUAUUGACAGUGCGGCCAAUCCUGUGUCUACAAAUAGUUAUUAGACCCUAAACGACCCCGAAACAUUAUUGCCUUAUUGCUUACAACUGUAAUAUAUUGUACGUGUAACUGUGACUACGAAUAAACAAAUUCCACGAUUUAUGUGCAGUCAACAA